AUGAGGAGGCAGGACCAACUGUCCCAGCUCCUCGACGAAUUCUGCGCUCUCGUCUUCAGCGUUCUCAGGACUUCUUCCGGCCCCGAGUCCCAUCCGCUGGUGUCUGGUGCGCAAAGCUGCGGCCGGCUGCGGGCGUCGCCGGCGGGGUUGGUUUCCCUGCUGCUGGGGAUCUCGACGGCGCUGAUAUUUUGCGGCUCGGUGACGUUUAUGAUCGGAUUCGUGCUGAUGCCGUGGGUCCUCGGGUUGGUGAUGGUGCUUCACUUCGUCGGGAUGCUGACGAAUUUAUCGACGCUGGGGAGGUCGAUCCUCUGCCCCUGCCCCCCCUCGCCGAUGCCUCCUCGUAAGAUCCCCAUUAGUCCAUCUUUGUUUGAUUCUUCCCUUAUCUUCCCUAUUUUAUCUAUUUUUUCCGCAUUAAAACGGAUUUUCCAGUGGCGUUGA